AUGGCGUUCCGGUCGUGCGCAGGAGUUAUUUUACUGAGCUGUUUAGUUGUAUUAGCGUCAUCAGCCGUGCCUAAGCAAAAAGGAAGGAAACCAGUUAACCAGCCAGCUCGUAGCAUUGCCGAUUCAGAGCGAGAUGCGGAGAUCACAAGCGACUGCCCCGAGGACGGCUUCUUUGCUGACGCCGAACAGUGUGACAAAUACUAUCAAUGCAGGAAUGGUGAAAUAAUUGAAAAACUGUGUCCCGAUGGCAUGGUGUUCAAUGAUUACAGUAAUCAAGAAGAGAAAUGUGACCUGCCAUUUAACCUGGACUGCUCACAAAGACCCAAACUUCAAACGCCCAUACCGUCACUGCACUGCGUUCGCCAAAAUGGUUACUUCUCCCACGAGGAUCCCAAGGAGUGUGGCAAAUUCUACUACUGCGUAGACGGCAAAUUUAACAUGAUCACCUGUCCCGACGGGUUGGUGUACAAUGACAAGACCGGCAUCUGCACCUGGGCAGAUGAGGCUAAGAAGAAGGGAUGUGGCGCUGCUGAUGUGUUCGCAUUCGACUGUCCUCCCGUCAACGAGACCUUUGGCCUGACACAUCCCCGCUACGCUGACCCUGAAGACUGCCAAUUCUUCUACGUGUGUAUAAACGGUAACACGCCACGACGCUCCGGCUGCAAACUUGGCCAGGUGUUUGAUGAUGUACAGAAACGCUGCGAAUGGGCCAGGAAGGUGCCUGAAUGCGCUGACUGGUACAAAGGUCAAUUGACAGAUGCUGAACUAGAGGCGUUGGAAAAUCCCCCUACUCCGAAACAUAAGCCAUCAGGUAGUGGACCAUCCCGCCGUAAACCACAACGGCCCAGUAAAGGCAAGUCUGUCGAGCCAGUAGAGGAGUAA